UUUGAAAGUUUGCGACGUGUGUAACAGUUGUGAAACAGCCUCAUCGUGUCGACCACCGACAUGGCAGACCAGAAACCUCCAAAGUCUGAUUCUCCGUUCGCCACAAGGAUAGACCCGACUAAAGACACUCUCUCUCGGGAACAGAUUUAUUUUAUCAGACAAGCAGAGCUUGAACAGUGGAAGAGGAAAACAUCAAAGCUUCGGACACGAAAUGUAGUGACAGGACUCGGUAUCGGAGCGCUCGUGCUGGGUAUCUAUGGCUACACAUUUUAUUCAGUCUCUCAGGAACGGAUCAUGGAUGAGAUCGAUGAGGAGGCCAAGCGUUCCAGACUGUCGGGACCAAAGACUGGAGCCAACUGAUUUUCUGCUAUCCUGUUCACUAUGUGCAAAUACUCAAGAGGACAGAUGAUGCCACUGAUUCACAAUUUAUAUCUGGCUGCUGGCUUUUUAUUAUUUGAAUUUUUUUUUUUUACAGAACUGUACUUUGUUCUGUCUAGAUCGAGGGAGUUGUUUUCUUGACUUUUAAUUUGAUCCAUCUAGAUAUUCCUUUCAGUGGAAGGGACUAAUCCGCUGACCUCAGUGUGGGUUUUUAAGGCAACACACAGGGCUCCGAUAGGAGCUUAACUACCACCACUAAGAUGAGGUUUACAGCUCGGAUCAUGAAUGAGGGAAAUGCAAAUGAUUAAAGUUGGUUAAUAACUUUAAAUCAACCAUGGCCUUGAUGAGAUAAAUUGACAGUGACGCAGGUGGAAUUGAAAUGAAUCAUAUUGGUAAAAUCUGUUAUUUAUGUUGGUAAAAUAUGAAUUUGUGUUAAAUCGGAUGUAACAUCUGUAAAAGUUAUGUAUUCGUGUUACCAAGUAAACAUGACAGAAAAAACAAAAGAA